GAAUCGAUUGAAAUAGAUAACAUAGAUACACAGAGGCUGCAGUCAGACUUUAUGGAAAUAAUUCCACCACAUGUCUAUCAAAACCAGUAUCAUAUGACUACAAACCUAACUAACACAGUCUUUUAUGGAACACAACCUGUGCGAAACCCAACCCUACAUUACAUCUCGAACUCAAGAACUGGUCUGCAGUAGGGAUGAGAGAAGGGCAGUUGCGAUGCAAAUUCCAUUUCCUAUAGAAAGAAUCAUCAAUCUACCUGUGGAGGACUUUAACGAACUUCUGUCACGCUACAAAUUAACAGAAUCACAGCUGGCUUUGGUCAGGGACAUUCGUAGACGUGGGAAGAAUAAAGUAGCUGCACAAAAUUGCCGCAAGCGCAAGAUGGAGAACAUUGCUAUUUUGGAAACGGAGAUAGAUCAGUUGAGAACAGAGAGAGAAGGACUGCACAGGGAACGAGAGGAGGUUGAAAGGGUCAUGGGAGAAGUGAAGACCAAUCUGAAAGUGCUUCAGCAGGAGUUAUACGGCAUUUUACAAAAUCAGGGCAGUCAGUUUUAUCAAGAAGAUACUUUGUUUAAGCAGACACCAGAUGCUAGUAUUUCUUUCCCUGCAAAUUAG